CGGUACCACCAUCUCUCCACACACACGCGAAAGAACCAACACACGCGCCCACUAAACAACAUUUCGAAACACACACACUCUUCGCUUUUUCUCUCUCUCUCUCUUUCGCUGAUCUCCUCCUCUCUCUUCUCUCUUCUCUCUCUUCUCUCUUCUCUUCUCUCUCUUCUCUCUCUUCUUUCUUCUCUCUUCUCUCUUCUCUCUUCCUUCUCUUCUGUCUCUCUUCCUUCUCUCUCUCUCUCUCUCUCUCUCUCUCUCUCUCACUUCUCUCUCUCUCUCUCUCUUCUUAAAGAGCCUGACACAUUCGGACUUUCACCGGAAUGA